AUGGGUUCAAGCCUCCCAGAGAAACCAACUCCUGAAGCAAUCCUGCAAAAUGAAAGGCUGGACAAUCAAGUAGACAGAAUGAUGUUCUCACCUUCAAGUUUUACCACCCAAACUAGAUGGCGAUCCAGGAACCAUUCCCAUCGUCAAUCCAACAACUCCAGCCACAACUCCACCAACUACGACAACUCCAAUAGUAAACCCGCCAAUCCCACCAUCGCCAACAACCAUUGGUACCACCAACUCCGACCACAACCACCCCUGUAUCUUCGGGAGGGACUUGGUGUAUUGCCAGCUCCACUGCUUCACAAACUGCUUACAGGUAGCUUCUGA